AUGUAUUAGAUUGAAGAAAAUAAUUAAGAGUAUCCAAUACUUAUUUGGGUUGACAGCCAAAUUUUAAACUUGGAGAAUUAGUAAUAUUGUGAACAAUUAUACAAUGUUUACUAGAAUGCAUUUCAAGCUAUUGAUGAUAUAUCUGACGCUUUGGAAAUAUUGUACAAAAUUGGUGAUAAUUAUGUAACUAUCCUAACAAGUGGAUAAUAUGCUUAUUAACUUGUAGAGCAUACAAAAUAAAACAUUAUCGUAUUUUGUGGAAGAAAAUCUAAUCAUUUAGACUUGUUCAUCAAAAAUGUUUAGAUUAAAUCUAUAGUGUCAGAUUCAUUUGAAUCUGCUCAUGAAAAUGCUAUCAUGAGUAUGAAUUAAUCAGAUAUUCAAAAAGAAUUUAUUAAAUUAUUAUUGCCGCCAUAACAACAAGCAACAGAAUAUCAACAUUCGAAAGAUCAUGUGAGUAUCUAAUUUCUAGUUGUCAUAGAAUAAUUAAAAAAAUAAAAAAGACCUAAAGAAUAUAAGGUUUUUGCUGAAAUAGAAGCUUUACUUUCUAAAUAAAAUAAAUAAAAUAAAAAGUAUAAUAUUUUCUAAGAUUUAAAAAAGAAAGAAUAAGAAAAAUUAGAAAUAACUAAUUAGAAUUUCAAUUUAUUUGAGAAAUUAAUUUACCUUUACAGCAGAGAAGAGAUAUAUUCAACUUUUAACUAAUAGUUUGCUUAGCAUAAUUAUUAAGAAAUUUAUUAAGGAUUUAAGGAAAAUUAAAAUAAAAACAAUUACUUUAAAGUACUUUUUAGAGGUAUAUCUUUUGACGAUUAAAACAACUUUGAAUAAAUUAUUCGAGAUCUCAAUUCAUCAAAAGAUGAGAGAAUAUCAUUAUUUUGGAAUACAAUUACUAGCACUUCUUAAUCUCGAGAAAUUGCACAUAAAUUUUCUUCUUUUUCUAAUUAUGGAAUACUUUACAAAAUUAAAUUGGAUGAAGAUGUUCCUCAUCCAUGUUUUGAAUUACAAUAAUAUCAUUCCCAUUAUCAAAAUGAAAAAGAAGUAAUAUUAUUCCCAUAAUUUGAAUUCAUUGUAAAAGAAAUACAAUUUGCAUAAAUUUAGGACCAGUAAAUCUAUAUUGUGAACAUCAAAUAAGUAAAGAAUAACUAUGCUUUUGCACUUGAUCCGAUGUUGAGAAAGAUUUAUUGGGACUCAAUAAUUGAGGGGAAGAUAAAGCCUAAAAUCGAAACCUUGGUAAAUUUUUAAAGUAAAAGAAUUUUUGAAUUGAUAUCAUUUUAUACUGAUUCAAAAUAUGACUAUGAAAUUGAUUUGAGACCAAUUCUCUAAAAGAUAUAAAAUGAAUUGGAAAAUGUGUUUAAAUAAAUUGAAACUUAAUUAACUAAGGUAUUCAUUCAUUCAAACUACCCUGAUGUUUUAAUUCAAAUUAAAAAUCUAACUAGAACCUACAUUUAAUUCGUAAAAAUUGAAUAUUAAAACAAAUCAGUGCAAAAUUUUUAUUAGUUGUUCGAAGAACAUAUUGAUGAAGUUAUGAAAUCUUUAAGACAAAAUAUUUGUACAUUGAUUUUGAAAGGAGUUAUCAAUAUUGAAUAGGAAAAAGAAUAUUUAUAAAAUCUAUAAUAAUAAUUCUUUAUGAAACAAACAAAGAGUUCAAAUAUAAAAAUUUUGAAUACUUAAAAUAUUGAAGGCCUUUAUUUCUAAAAAUAACCUGUUUAUUAAGAUAAUACAACAGUAUUAUCAUUCUAAUAACUUAAAGCCUAGAAGAUUACAUCUUUGCAAUAAGUAUAGCAUAAGAAUGGUCAUUUUGCAUAUGAAGCAACUCUUUAGGAUGGUAAUAAACUGUUAAUGCAUCAUAAUCCAAAUAAUAACAAUGAGUUGACAUUUACAAAAAAAAUUGAUGCUCAAGGCAAAAAUGGAUAUUCGAAUAAAUGGUAAAAAGUUGGUAAACCAACAGAAACAAAAUCAGUAACAGUCUAAGAUGUUUAAUCAUCAAUUAAGGGUUAAAAGAACAUAAAAUUUGACAUGAAAAGCAUUCAAGCCAAGGAAAUGAAUUAUCAAUUUUAAUAGGCUAAAGUAUAAGGGCAAAUUGGUGGUGUAAUUGCAGGAACAGUAGGGAGUUUAACAGUGGACUGCAUAAUUGAUGGAGUCGAUGAAGAAAAGCUAGGUAAAGGUUUAUUGUUUUCGGCUUCAGUUUAAGGUGGAGUGAUGUAUGCCUAAAGUGUAAAAUCCUUUGGAAAAGCAGUUCCGUAUGUUGGAAUGGGAUUAACUGCACUUAUGGCUUCCAUAUCUAUUGGAGGAGUAUUAUUGUCAGAUUUCUUGAGUGAAAGCGAGAAAGUUUACAAUUCUAUGUUGAUUGCUGUUAAAACUGGAGGUGCAAUUGGAUUGGGUUACUUAGGUAUUGAAGGUGGCAUGGCUUUAGGGGCUGCUGCAGGCCCAAUUGGUGUUGUGAUUGGAGGUAUAAUUGGAGGUUUUUUGGGGGGAGCAACUGGUAAUUUAUUAGGGUGAGCUAUCGACGAUUAUACUUAAUUUAGUAUGUAGGUCCACUUUUCAAAGGAGAAUAAAUCUAUUGUGAAGGAUGGAUAUUUAAUAAAUCCGGGUAAGCGUCCUAUUAUUAGAUGGUAAUGCGUCAAGGAUAAAGUAAGGAGUUUAAUUUUAAUUGGUUAAACUGAGACUCAUUUGGCAUGUUUAAUACCCAAUAUUGAUAGGUAUAAAACAGUAAUUUAUCCUGAUGAAGUUGUUGGAAUUAAAUUUAAUGAAUAUACAUAUAUAGGUCCUGAUGAUUCUUCUUAAAGAAUUACAUUUAGGCUUCUAGCAACCACACAAGAUAAUAUCAAAAAUGAUGAAGUUUUGUAGCUAUUACAAACAAAAUAAAUAAACUUUAUAGACAUAGCAGAAUUCGAAGUUAACUUAAAAUACAUAGGGUGA